CCGUAAUCCGCUGUAGUAUCGUCUUGUUUAUUUUGAUUUCGUGAGUUGCGUAAUUUAAUUUUGAAUUUCAAAAUUAGAUAUUUCUUAUAAAAUAAUUAUGUUGCCUCCUCAAAUGGGUGGUGGACCUCAUGGUCUUGGUGAUCCUGAUGAUACGUCAUUACGGAAAGUGGAAAGAGAAAUAAUGAUUCCUACAAAGAUACGAGAAAAGGCGAAGAAAGAAAAAUGUGUAGCAGAGGGUGAAGUUUUUUCUAAAUGUUGUAAAGAAGCCUCAUACUUGAUGACUUGGAAGUGUAAAGCAGAAACCAAGGCUCUUAAUGCUUGCUUAGAACGGUGGUAUAAUGAUGAAGGAUUAAAAAAAGAGUGUACAGAAGAAUAUUUAAGACAAAGAUCAGAGUACAGACAAACCGGCAAGAAUCAGAAGUUACGAAGAAAAGAAUCGGUGUUAUAAUGUCCUAAAGGGUUAUUAGAAACUCAAAAAAGAAAAAAAACGUCUCACUUAUUUCAUUUUUGAUAUGUGGAUGUUUAAAAAUGUUUCAAAUGUUCAGUUUCAAAUUAACUAGUUUGGAAUGCUUCUCUAGUUAAAACAAUAGAGUAGUAUAACUAAUUGUGUGCUUCGAAAUUUUCUUUCAAUAUUUUUACUUUCUUUAAAAUGUUGAAUUAUUUCAAAUUCACCUCAUACAUUUAAAUAUGUGUUAAUUCUUUAAUUACUCUAGGUUAAUAAUAACUCUUGUGUAACGUUUAUUCUGAUCUGUGUUGCUGUUUUUUUUCCAGAAACUAUACUACAUCAAUGUUUGAGUACUAUCUGUAGUGAUUUAACUUGUGCUAAAAUCUUGUACAAUUUAUUAUGGUACUAUUAAAAUUUGAAAUUAUA